UGACAGUAAGAAGAGACAUUUUUGGCCGCCGUUGUUUUGAGAUUCACAUCAUGAGAAAAUAACUCUUAGGCAUUUUAAGGUGCGCAGUGUCACCCAGUCAUGGAUUCCGCUUUUGAGAGGCACUGCUCGGAGCUGGUGGCCCGGGAGAGGAGCGGACACACGGCCGUGGUGGAGGACAGCCUGCUGUAUGUGUGGGGGGGAUACAUGUCAGUCGCUGAUGAUGAAGUGUUUCUACCCAAUGAUGAAAUCUGGGCGUACGACCUCGAACAAGGCUCAUGGAAAGUGUUUCACAUGCCAGGGGAAGUCCCUCCCUCCAUGUCUGGGACCUGCAGCUGCUCCCUGGAUGGUCACAUGUACAUAUUUGGAGGCUGCGAUGACUUCGGACAGACCAAUCAGAUCUAUUGUGUCAACCUGACAGACGGCAAAUACACAUGGAGGAAGAUCACGCACCAGGUUGGCUCGGCUCCCUCACCUCGAGACAAACUGUCCUCCUGGGUUUACAAAGGAAGGUGAGUGAGAGACGGACUUUUAGUCUGCCGUCUUUCUCCAGCACUUUGUUACUGAAGGCUGCAGCUUUCACUUUUAUUCUCACUGAUCAGAGCAGUCAUGAGGAGGAUCGAACACUGACUCAUAGAUGCUGUUUGUUUGUGCUAUGAAUCUAUGAAUCUGGUGUUUGCAUCCUUUCUCCCUGACUUCAAGUUGAAAACCUUUUGUUUAUUUAUAUUAUGGUUUAAUAUGAUGAUAGAGGAAAAGUAGAGUCAGUCUGAACACAUGUUCAAGCUGUUUGCAAGUUAAAGGCUUUUUUUAAGGUUUAAUUUUGGACUUUUUUUAUGCCUUUAUUUUAGAGACAGGAUAGAGAGUCAGAAAUCCAGGAGAGAUUGGAGGACUGUAGCCUCCAUACUUAGGGCACGCACUAACCACUAGGCUACCGGCGCCCCUUGUUCUACACAGUAUUGUAUCAAUAUAGUGUUACAUCAAUUGUUUCCUGUUUGUUUGGUGCUCCCUCUGGUGACUUCUGUUGAUUUCACCUGGCUGACAGCACCUGUAGACCAUUAGGCUGAGUCUAUUUAGGCAAGGCCUCCUAAUUAACCACUCUCUCUCCCAACUUCACAGCACCAACACCUCAGUAGUUUGUUUCCUGGUUUUUCAGGUACUUUAUGUUUAAUUGUCAAUAAACUAAAAACUAAGAACUUACAACCUUUGUGUUGU